UCUGGCCACACUGUGUCAUGGGUGCUUUCAUAACAGAGUCGUGUGUUUCAGUGAAAAAUUAAAAUACUAAUUUCUAAGCCCAUUUAAGUAGGGUUUGUCGCCAAAAUGUUGAAGCAAGUGCUAAAAUCAGGUUCCACUUAUCGAACGUUGCUGACUAUUCAGAGGAACUUCCUCUCGGAGGCGUAUUUAUGCAGGGAAGCAUGGCAAGCAAGGCUCAGCACACCGGUGCUGUCGAAGGUGAACCAUGAAGCACUCUACUACGAGCUGGAACAAAAAUUCCAACAGAAGAAUAAGGUUUCGGCCAUCGAUAUCGAUAUCUAUGCCAACAAGCUGGUGGACGAUUCGCAUAUCGACGAGGUGGCCGAUUUGAUGUACAAAUUCCGCCUGACGGAAGAAGCAUCGAACAUUUUGCACUCGACACAACAUGCCGUCGCCCGGAACUACAUCGAGCACAGUCACUAUGCGGAGUUGAUUGAAAUGCUGGACAACCGGAUCGGUUACGGUGUAUUUUUGGACGAUUUUACGGCAAAUCUAGCACUGGAUCGGUUGGUAACGACGAACGAGUUCAAAUGGGCAGCACGGUUCGCCACCUUGCUGGGACUGCAGGAGGAUUUCAGCAAUCCCAUUACGCGUUCCCUGGCCACGUACGGAUGCUAUCGAUACGUCAAGGGUGAUGAGAUUGACCAUUUUGAUGAUUUGAUUCCACCGCCGCCGGCCGAUCCAGCGGAGGAGAAGAAAAAGAAAAAGAACGAGGUUAAGGUUCGGGUCAAGUUCCUUCGGAAUGAGUACUUCGAUGAUCACUUCGACCUGAGGGAUUCGAAGCUGCUGCUCGGGAAGACUUUCUGUACUUUGGGAUUGAAUUGGGGAACCGGAGUGGUGGGAGAUAGCUGCAAAUUGCUUGGUUUGGUGCUACAUCAGAAGUGGACCAAGGCGGUGGAGUAUACGUGUGGCAAAGGGUUAGAAAUCAACGGAGACGUUGUGAAGCUGGUGCGGACGUUCCUGGAGAAAGUGGAGAACAAGGAGGACGAGGAUUAUACUCGACUGGUGGAGGCAGUUGGGAAGAUUGAAUCGAGCGUGAAGGUGAACAACGACAGCUUCGAAAAGCUUCUGCUCGGUGAGGUCAAUAAGAGUGUAGCCGAUAACGAGCAGCGACAGAUCACGGAACAGGUCAAGAUCUACAGCGACUGGUGCGAGGUACGGCAGCAGCGUCUUGAAGAGGAACUGGCUCGGCUGCAGCGAGCUAAACGCAUCCAGGACGUGGAACGGGUGGCGAGGGAAAUGGAACAGGAAGAACAGAAGUUGUGGUUCUUUGAAAACGAGGACAAGAUCGACCUGCAAAUCGACAGCAAAAAGGUGUUCUAUCCGAAACGCUGGUUCGGUAAAAAGAAGAAGCCACGUGUCGUGGACGAAGGCUACAUUCCGCCGGAGGUUCGUCAGCGACAGGAACAGCAGUAAACGAUGGAUGGGGCCGUUCUUUCAAUAGUAUAAAUCAAACCAGCAAAAGUUGAAUAAAGCUUUCCAUGGGCACUUUAGUGUGUUCUCUUCUC